GUGGCGGAGACACUAACAAAAGGAGUCUACUUUGAUAGUUUUGCGCCACGGAUCCCUCAAGAGUCAUUGGUCCGAAGGGCGGCGGCGCCAAAGAGGUUCCUUCGGCACGGGUGAAGCUUUGAGACGCAAGUAUUGGACUAGGGGCACCGCUGAGAUCCACUUUCUGGUUGCCCGGCAGGGCCGCUUUAUUGAAGUACAGGGCGAUGGCGAAGCAUCAUCCUGAUUUGAUUAUGUGCAGGAAGCAACCUGGGAUUGCAAUUGGUCGCCUCUGCGAAAAGUGUGACGGGAAGUGCGUAGUCUGCGACUCAUACGUCCGGCCUUGCACGCUGGUCCGAGUGUGCGAUGAGUGCAACUAUGGAUCAUAUCAGGGGCGCUGUGUCAUCUGCGGUGGCCUGGGAAUAUCCGAUGCCUACUACUGCAAAGAGUGCACGCAGCAAGAAAAAGACCGGGACGGCUGUCCAAAGAUUGUAAAUCUAGGUAGCGCAAAGACAGAUCUUUUCUACGAAAGAAAGAAGUAUGGAUUUAAGAAACGGUAGUUUGCGCGUGAAAGUCACUUCCGGCCGGUGGUUUUCACAUGCGCAAUAGUUGGCCGUCCGAUGUUCACAAUAAGUCUGUUUCUUAAAAGGUCCUACCCUCCUUUUUUGCGGAGCACUGGGGCUUUCGGGCAGUAUGCCUAACUUGUAAGGAGUGAUCCGAAGAACAGCUCCUGUAUAGAAGAUGCAUUCACGAUUGCAAGCUAGCCACAAUUGUUCUGCCCGCCAUGUUUAGAUGUAGACGAGCAAUCAAGGAACGACUUGGAAAUGACGAGCUUGUGAUUGUCCGACGAUUUUGAGUGCAGUCUGUAUCCGUCCAUGCGCUUGAUCACUACCAGGAA